AUGAAGCUUUCCAGAAAACCAUUUCAGAAACUCAACGAGUCUAAUCGUAAACAAUAUCUGACCUCAACGGCACCAUCUCCCCAAACCAGUGGGAAUGGAAGCAUCGGGAAAAUGGAAAAUGCAUAUGACGCCGUGCCAUUCAGAAGUUUCAGGGGGACAUGGUGGUGUGGACAAAGAUUUAAUGAGAAACGUAAACAUAAUCUUGGAAACGAUUACAAGAAAUACAGUGCAGAGCUCAGAGGAGGAGCUGUACAUAAGCAGGGUAGUGCUCUUGGGCGAGCUGUGGAUCUUACAAAAUUUGAAGGAUACAAAGAGCUUACUCAUGAGCUUGAGGUGAUGUUCAAUUUUGAACGAGAAUUAGAGGAUCCAAGCAAAGGCUGCCAACUUGUCUACAUAGAUGAUGAGGGAGAUAUGAUGCUUGUAGGAGAUGAUCCUAGGCAGUAA